AGGUUAAUAGUAUAAUGACUGAAUCCAGUACCGAAUGUAUCACUCCGAGUAACGAUUCCAAGAGGAGGCUUGAGUUCUCCCCCUUGUGUUCAAGAAGUCGUUCAGAAGGCAACAUCUUAUACCCGCUCGCUAAACGACCUAAUCGCAAAAGCUUCAUAGAGAUGCUCGAUUCGGUGAGCGAUGAUGCUAAGAACCCAGAGAAGAUCAAAGCGAGACAGAUGCAACAGAAGAAGACCCAUUUAGCAAAGUCAAUGUUAGAGUUGCGAUGCAGAAGAGUCCUGCCCAUGUUAAUGAGGAGGAAGAAGAUUAUUAAUAAAGCUGAGAAUAAGAGCAAGCUUACAACUGAUGUCAGUGAAAAUGGAGAGGAGGACAAGGAGAACAAGCCGCAGCUUCUGGAGACUCUUUCUGACAAAGUGAAGGUGAUGAGAAUGCAGGAUAACUGCUCCAAGAGUACACGUAACAGUCUCAUCGUCAUCCUGUGAUACCUCCCCAGAUAGACUUUAAUUACAAUUAAAUAGUCGUAAUUAAUUAUAAUCACGAACAUUUAUUAUGAUUAAUUAUCAUAAAUGUGAUUAUUAGCGAUUAUAGUUAUGAUAAUCAGGUGUGACCUUGAUAAAAUGUUUGAUAAUUUUUAAACUGUUGGGAUAUGGUUAUCUUUUAAAUUUGGACGUUAUCCAAAAUUCGUUAAAAUCAUUUAAUAUACGUUAAUGAUAAGUCAGUUUGAUAACUUAAUAACUUCUUAUAUAGGAUAAUUCCUUUGAUUGACUCUUGUCCAGGACUUUGAACCUUGAUUAAUUUAUGGUGUGGAAUACAGACAUGGACAUUUGGAUGGUAAACAGAAACUGUUUUGCACGUGACAGUGUCGGAGUGCUGAUUGGUUCACCGCAAUCACGUGUAAGAAAAAUAUAUUUACCUCUCCAUUUUAAUCCAGAUUCUGUGUUAGUGUUGAUUAUGGGCUGGGUUGACAUGUCAUAUUAUGAGUCAUUUUGAGCUAUAGACAAUAAUGUGAGUUUUGAUUUUUAUAACUUUUGUUGUAUUAAUGAGUUGUGUGGUAUAUUGACGUGUAGUCGUGUCAACUGGUGUGUGUAGCUCUAAAUCCUAUAGAAUCUUCUAGAACAAACCCAGUACUGUUAACUUAUUAUAAUUAUGCUAAUUAUGCUAAUUAUAUUUCUGCUCUAUCGCUUAUAAUAGGGCUGUUUUUAUCGGCGAUUUUUAAAUUUUGUGCACUGUUUAUAUUUAUAAUCAUUUGGAAUUUCUAUUAAGUUAUAUGAAGUUAAAGUUAUUACUACCAUAUUAUAUGGUCCAUAUA